AUGUCACUCUCAUCAGACGAGGAAGACCUAGUUCUCUCCGACGACGAAUCCAUUGCGUCCGGAUCUGGUGGCGACGGCGAGGAGCUGCCCCCGCGACCCUUGCACCACAACUACUUCGCACCCCCCUUCUAUGGCCGCCCGCCAACCCCUCUACCGCCUUCGCCAUCACUCACGUCGCUCCUCCGACCUUCGCGACCGACGACCCCUGAUGCCUCAGAUGACGACUUCGAGCCCCUCCCCCGCGCAUCGCCGCAGGUACCGACCUACGAAUACUACGGCUUCGUGCUGUACCUUUUCUCGACCUUGACCUUCCUCGUCUACUUGCUGUGGUCAUACCUCCCUUCUCCCUUCCUGCACGCAUUGGGAAUCGAAUACUACCCGAACCGGUGGUGGUCGCUCGCGAUCCCAGCCUUCCUGACGAUGCUGGGCGUGUACAUCUAUAUCGCGCUCGCGGCCUACAAUACAGAGAUCUUGACGCUGCCGCUGAGCUCUAUUGAGACAGUCGUCGAUGAAGCUUCUAAAGUGGGGGUGAUUGAUAGCAAAGGGCGGCUCAGGGACGGACCAAAGAGAAGAUCGAGGGACAAAAGGGAUAACCGGCUUCCCGGGGGAGGGUACAAUUGGAAGAAUAUAUGGAAUGAGGGGACAGACGCUGUGAUGGACAUUCCGCUGGCUGGUGCUUGCGAAGUGCUCUACGGAGAAGGGCGGGAUUUCGAGUCGGAAGAUGACUAUAUUGUAACAUGA